CGGAGGCGCAGGCCCAUUCUGACUACCACGGCUAUCCCUAUAUGAAUGGCCCAAUGCCUCGAGAUUGGGCGGCACAACACCCCGAUGAUUACGAGUGGAACUACAAGACUCGGAGCGAAUACAACAGCAGGGACCAAACGCCGAGUGAUGAUUUCAUUAUUGCAGCGCCUGCAGUCGAGUAUGCAACAGCCGCGUCUAACGAUGCAGCUCCCAAUUCCAGCAGCCGGACCUCUUCAGUGCGGCAGCCCCUCCCGCCCAUUCCGAGCGAUGGACAUCUUGUGACGGAGGACGAUGAGAAAGCAGCUCAAAAGGCACCAGCAAGCUCUUUGGGUGAGGACGGAAGCACGGCUUUGACGAAGAAAAGAAUCCGAUCCGAUGAGGAUGCCACAGCCCAGAAGCCCAAGCGCCGCAAAUUGGAGCAUGACGCUGCUCCCACCCCGACGCGUCAAGCCUCUCGGAAGAGAUGCAGGUCUGAUGAUGACAGCGAGGACAAUGGAUAUAAACGCCAGAAGAUGGAGAGUUUACCCUCGCCCCCAACGUCUCAUACCUCAUCCACCGAACUGGGAGAAGACACUACGACAGAUGAGAUUCCAUCGACAAGUCCGAGCAACGCGUCAGCAAACAAUGAACCAAGGAAUCCAAGCAACUCACUGGAGACUUCUGGUGCAGAUACCGCUGAUGUUAAACGCAAACGUCGGAAAGGGGGUUCUGUUUCGCGCACCACACGCGCAAAGGCUUCUCAGACUCCUCAGAACUGCAGGUCUUUAAGGGGAAGCAAAUCAUCACCGCUCUGGGAGCUGGAUUCUUCGGGGCUGGGUGCAGCGGUUAGUUCGGAGAAACGACGGCGUAUCGUCCGACUGACAGCAUGGUCGUUAUCCCGGCAGGGCUGGGUGCAGCGGCGUAGCUCGAGGUCAGGGACGCGGUGCCUGGGGCGGAACAUGGUCGUUAUCCUGGCAGGGCUGGGUGCAGCGGCGCAGUUCAAGCAGCGUCAACGAGUUGUA